AUGGAGGUGCCCCUGGCCCAGAUAUGCCCCCAAGGGAAUCACGGAGCCCCCAGCCCAACCUUCGGCACGUCCCAGACCAUGGACUCGACCCGCAGGAGCUGCCAGGGCCUGGACUUUGUCCAGGUAUCGCCCCAGACCCCGGGGGCUGCCCCCACCCCAGCGCCAGUGGAGAGAGCUGAGGAGGUGCCCGGAGAAGGAGGCCUGACCCUGCAGGCCGAGGCCCGGGCUUGGUUCCAGAGGACCCAGGCCCACCAGCUCCUGCAGGACGGGGCCGCCCCUGCCUGGUUCCACGGCUUCAUCACCCGGAAGGAGGCCGAGAGGCUGCUGGAGCCCAAGCCUCCUGGAUGCUACCUGGUGCGCUUCAGCGAGAGCGCCGUGACCUUCGUGCUGACGUACAGGAGCAGGACCUGCUGCCGCCACUUCCUGCUGGCCCAGCUUGCAGACGGGCGCCAUGUGGUCCUGGGCGAGGACAGCGCCCACACGCGGCUGCAGGACCUGCUGCAGCACUACACGGCCUGCCCACUCAGCCCCUACAGAGAGACCCUCACGGAACCCCUCGCCCGCCAG